CUGCUGCCUCCUGUAGUCCAUAAGCGAAGAGCCGACGAGGACGCUGUGAACUGCGAACACCAGCCGACCUGCGGCCACAAGCCGCGCCGCCGGACGCCGUCGACUACUUUGCUGUCCUUCCUCUCCGUCUCUCCCCUCUGCCUGUAGCUCCGAGCUUCAGCAUCUAGGCGACCAGGUAUACUCUAGCUCUAAAUUUCUAAUACUCUUUUACACUUUUAUUAAUUGAUUUUUUCAGGGUUAUUGUGUAUUAUUAUUGUUUUUUUUUGUUAUUUUUAGGGUUAGAGAAUCAAUUUGAUUAUCAAUUGAAUUUCUCAGUUCAUAAUAAUAUAGUUUUUAUUCAUUAUAAAUUUAUAAUUAUUAAAGAUAGAAAUAAAGAUUAGAGAAUGAUUUAUUUAUUACACAAUUGAAGUAUAUAGGUUGAUUUAUUUAUUGUGUGGACAUUUAAGAAAGAAUUAAUUAAAAAUUUCAAUUGAAUUUUGAAAUUGGGAAUACUUAUUAGUUUUAUGUACAACUAUUGUUUUUUCUUUUUAGUUUUAUAAUUUUAUAGAAUUAUUUUAAUUCAUACCAAUAUUAGAAAUGUUUUUUAGAAUGGAUAGUGAUUAAUGAACAUAUUGCCAUAAAAUUUGGAGCUGCCUCCAUCUUUUUGCAUUAAUAGAUGUAGAUUCUAUAUUAUUCAUGAAUUUUAUACUUUGAAGUCGCGUAUGGCACAACUUAAUUGAUGUUUUGAUGAAUAUUAAAAGUGUUGACGACUUUAUGUUCUUCAAAUUUUAUUUCUCUGACCAUCCCAUUGUAGCUUUCUGGAUCCGCCCCUAUAUCUGACCGACGCGCGACGGCAGGAAAGUGGAUGUAUGUAGUCGCGGCGGAGAAUCUGGAGCCCUGGAGGUUUGGACUCUAAUCAACUUGUAGAUGACUGAGCGGGCGGAGUGGCGGAGGAAUUUUCGGCAUCUGGGAAGACCGAUUGUUUGUAACUGGAAACAGAAGUUGAGGGUUCUGGAAUACUACUAAACCUAUAGAACGAUGUCGUUUCGGUUAAAAUAUUGAGAUUCCGGGUGUUUACAUGGUCCCUUCUUCGUAGCCUAUAUUCACUAAAAGAAUUGUCAUGAGGUUUGCCUCAAUCUUUACCCAUUUAUCAGCCUCAAAGAACCCCAGUUUUCGAAUUAGCAACUUCUUUCUCUUCUCCACAUCUUCAUGUUCACCAUUGUCUGCUUCACAGCAAUUCGUGACCCAUUUGCAGAAAAACAGGCAGAACAUAGAGAAAACCCUCAACUCAGUCAAAGCCAAAUUGGAUGCACCUUGUGUGACCCAAGUUCUUGAAAGGUUCUCAGUUGAGAACCCUCAAACGGGCCUGAGGUUCUUCAUAUGGGCUGGGCUUCACCCAUCAUAUAGACACUCUAGGCACAUGUAUAUCAAAGCUUGUAACUUUCUGAAGAUUGACAAAAACCCUAAAGUAAUCACAGAUGUGUUUGAGGCUUACAGGGAUGAAGAUGGCUGCGGAGUCAGCGUGCAAAUGUUUAGGGUCAUAUUUAAUUUGUGCAGAGAGGCUAAAGAUGCAGACUUGGGAUUGAUGGUGCUGAGAAAAAUGAAGGAAUUCAAUUGCAGGGCAGACGUGAUAUGUUAUUAUGGAGUGAUAAGGUUGUUGUGCGAAAAGGGAGAAAUAGAUGAGGCGAUGGGGUUGAUGAGAGAGAUGGGGCUCAUUGAUCUUUAUCCUGAUAUGGCCACUUACACAAUGAUAAUCAAUAAGUUGAGUGAUGUGGGCAGGUUGGAAGAGGCUUGCAAGAUGGUUAAGACGAUGAAGGGGCAAGGCUGCUUUCCAGGAACAACGGUGUAUUCUUCCCUUCUUGAUGGGAUUUCAAGAUUUGGGGGCUUGGAGAGGGCAAUGGAGUUGUUGGACGAAAUGGAGAAAGAAAGCAGCGAUUGCAGACCAAAUGUUGUCACCUACACAACUCUGAUUCAAGCGUUUGUUGAAAAAGGGUGUACGUAUGAGGGAAUGGCUAUCCUGGAUAAGAUGGAGAAUUUUGGAUGUAAACCAAACAGAGUGUUAGUGGCUACUCUGGUUCAGGGGCUAUGCAGGGAUGGUGAUAUCAACGAGGCCCAUAAGAUAGUGGAUCGGAUUGGUGGGAAUGGUGGUGGUAUUUCAAAUGAUGAGUGUCACAGUUGUUUGGUGAUUUCGUUGUUUCGGGUGGGAAGGUUCAAGGAGGCGGAGGCUGUUUUUAGUAGGAUGCUGGCUUCUGGUUUGAAGCCUGACACAAUCUCGUAUCAGACAAUGAUGAAAUGGCUGUGUUCUGAAAGAAGGAAGGAGCUUGAUGGAUAUAUGGCUUGAAUAUUGAAUAUCGAUCUUUCUACUGCUGAAUUAUGAUGAUUUGAUGAAACUAGGUGGUGAACUUGGAUACGAAAAAGUGAGUGGUCAAAUCAAAGACAAUAUCUCAAGCCAUCAAAGAGGUAGCUGCAUGGAGCACUUGCACUGUUGAUUGAUGCGGAUGAAGCAUGCUUCCCAUCAAUAUGGCAAAAGGUAAGAGCUCGUGAAGAGAUGUUCAGCUCUUUGCCUUUUGGAAUCUCCCAAGCUGCUACUGCUCGUAGUGUUCAACUACUCUGUUGUGUUUUGUUAAUUCGGUUUAAACCUCUUGUGCUUGCUACAUGUGUCAGGGUAUGCUAUUACUCCCUCCGUCCCCGAAAAAAGUUCCUCAUUUGACUUUCACACACUUUUAUGCAAGUAAACUUACCAGGAGUAAAUUUUUCUGUUUUGACACUGUUUCGACACUGUUUCGACACUGUUUGGCACUGUUUUGAUGUAGAUAACUUUCCAUUUAAGGAAAUGAGAACUUAAAUUAGGGACAUCCAAAUAAAGAAAGUGAGAACUUCUUUCGUUGACGGGGGAGUAUUUAAUUGGAGCUGCCUUCAGUAGUAAUUGCACAUCUGUAGUAAAACUUUUACUCUCUCCUCACCUAGAGACCAACCCUUGGAGCAGCAGCCAGGAGGCCAUGUUUGAGAGAGUCAAGUCAAGAUAAUUAAAUUUGGCUGGGAUUAUUCUCCUGAGGAAACUUUCAUUUUGGACUUACCUGCAAGUGCUCGGGAAAGGAGCAGCUACGAUGAAGAGGUAACAUGAUAGACUGAUAGUUGAUGGGUGACAAAAAUAUGAACUUGUUUUGAAUUUAUAACCCCCCCAUACUUUAGGGGUUUUAGAAUAGUGCGAUAUCCGAACUCCCAAAAGUACUUGUAACAUAUGUUUUCCUCUCCUUUGUUAAAUUCUUAAUUUUAUAUUGUGAUCCUCCUGAGCUUUCUGGGAAUAUACACAUUUUAAUUUAAGUACGUGGAAAGGGUAGACGGAAAGCUUGAGUC